CUCAACCUCCAUCGCCUUUUCUAUUUCUGUAGUGUUAUCCACUCUACUCUCUGCAAUAUUUUGCUAGUUGUUAGUCAUCUUCCUCUAACAUUUGCUGAUCUUGAAUUUCAGUCUGUUUCCCAUAGACACUGCACUGCAGAAGCAACAAAAGAAGAAGCAUUUGAAUUUCCAAAUGCAGUUGAACGUGAAGUCGCCUCAGCUCUUCUCCUUCUCUCCGUCGCCAUCACCACCCCGCCUCCUUCUCUCCCUCUCUCGCCGCCGCUUGAGAGAAGUUGUACUGGUAAGAUGAAGAAGAAUAAGUUGAGGUUUAAGCUUUCCAAGUCGCAGCAGUCGCAUUGGACCUGUUCGUCUUCGUCUUCGUCGACGGUGACGACCAGCGAGAAUGAUGAUCGGCGAGUGAAGGUGAUCGCCGUGGUUUCCAAGUUUCACGACACGAUGAAGCUGAAGGUGGUUCGAAAGCGGCGAUCGAAGAAUUUGUCCAUCUCCGACUGCCAGAAACGCAGCAGCUCAAGGAAGCAGGCGGCGAAGGUUGAAUCAUCGGCUUCUGUUUCAGCUUCGGCGUCGUCGUGCCUGUCCAGUGGCUCCAGCAGCGUAAUUUCCAGUGCAGGAAGCAGCGGCAAUGUGAUCAUGAACAGGCGCGGUGGUGGACGUGGAAGUUAUCUGUUUGUUACUCCACCCGCUAAGGAUCUGAAGAGGAAGCCGAUCCUAGGCUCGACUCACAUGCGGCGCCGAGCCGAAGCUAUUCUGAAAGUUCUGUCAUCUCACGGCCGCGCUUCCGAAGUUAAGAUUCGUGAGUUGCUCGGCGACAGCCCCAGCACCAGCAAGGCCUUGAGAAUAUUGCUGAAUCUAGAGCAGGUUAAGAGGUCUGGAGCAGGAGGCCGUACUGAUCCCUAUGUUUAUAUGAUUGCAUGA